AUGGCGUUUAGAAAUCCCAUGUACCAAUUGUCCAAUGUGGAUGAUAUAGACAGCGAAGUCUUGAAUUCGAGAUUUUCGUCAGAAGCGAAAGAUGACGGAUUAGCUCGCCGGCGCACAACAUUAGCUGUGUGUGCUACGAAGAAAGAUCUUUACUUGUACGGCACUACCCCAGCGGCUCACAAGCGUCAGAGGCGUCGUCAUGUUCCGCGUUGGAUUAGUGACAGUUUUCGAACGUGUUUGCCCAGCCCAUCCGGCAAAUGGAAGGAACAGACGGCAAAUGAAGGGGAGGGUCGUGUCAGAAAUUCAUGGCUUGCGGCUUGUGAUGAGCGAAUUGGCAUCGCUGAACCAACGAAUUACUGGCAUGGAAUCGUUCGUACAGAAGACGAUAGCUCUAAAACGCUGUAUCUGAUACCGGAAACCUGGGAGGAUGUUCACUUAAAAGAAGGAUUUGUUGCUAUUAUUGAUUUGGCAGCUGAAAGAUUACAGUGCACAAAACUAAUUCUUAUUGUGGAUAAAAACUUGCCUACAUUACCUUAUCUUGUCAAAAGUCUACAUUGGGUAGGCUUCGAACCCAUUCCUCAUUUGGGCUGCGUUGAUCAUGCACUUUUUGGAAUGGAACUUUAG